AUGAAAUUCUGUUAUAAAAUGGCGAAGAAUGAUGGUUUGAAGUCUGUUCAUGCAAAUACUGUUCAAGAAAAUAAAAGGAUAUUAUACGAAUCUUGUCAAAAAAAUCAGGUGGACAUCAAAAGCAAAGAAGACUUUGAAAAGUUGUUUAUGAAACUUAAUUACAUCUGUCAGAUAAAGUCAAUGAAGAAAGAUGCACAAUUAAGUUCCUGGUGUAAUAAAAAUGUUAUAAAUUACACAUAUGGACCCAUCUCAGGAUUCCCAUCUGGUUCGUGGUGGGGUAUUCGAAUGGAUUGUUCUAGAGACGGUGUUCAUGUUCCUUUUGAUGAAAAUAUUCAAAAUGGACCAUUUGGUGUUACUUCAAUUUGUACUACAAGCAUUAACUUAAACGAAGAUGUAGAUUUCGGUAAUUACCUUACACUUACAGGGCAAAAGUACCUUAGUGGAAAAUUAGACAAAGAUCCGCUUGUUAAAAAUUAUGAAAAUCAAAUACCUGUAAGACUUAUUAGAAGUUAUAACUUAUUAAAUGAAUUUGCACCGAAAACGGGUUGUAGAUACGAUGGUUUGUAUAUUGUGACAAAAUUUUGGAUAGGCGUGAAUUCAGAUUCUACAAAAUAUUACAAAUUUGCUUUAUUACGUUUAAGCAACCAAGAAGCACCAUUGUGGAGUACUAAACAGUCCUUUUUAAAUACAACUAAAGUUUCCUCUGUUCCUCAGUCCGCAUCCGCGUGUCAUCAACACUGCACAGAAAAUUCUUCUCCCAACAUGUAUGAAUUUAAAAAGUAUUCACAUAAUACCGAAACCUUAUGCGAGAAAUCAAAUAUACUAUCGCAGUUUUCAAAUUUUGAAACUAAGAACAUAGACGAAAAAGAAAAGGUUGUUUCUGAAAGUGCAAUAGUAACUCGCCAUGUGUUUAAAAAGGUAAACAGUAAUACAGAAUGUACACCAAAUGUAUCUAGUAUGUCUACUGGUGUAACAAACAAAUCAUUAACUCAUAUUGGAAAUCAAGGAUCUAAAACUCAUAAUACAAAUAUUUCUAUACGUACAGGAUUAUAUAACUCCUCCCACAGUACACAGCAUGACGUUAAGAAAAGUAUUUCAUUGCCAUUCUGUAGAACAUCUAAAUCACUGAAUAUACUUAAAACUAAUCAACACAUGGAAAGUUGGAACUCGAUGAACAAAGAUACAAAUAAACACUCAGAUGGAAAGGCUCCGACAAUUAGUUCAAAUGAAUUUCCUAAGCGUGUUAAUUAUGUUUCUAUUAAUACAGUGAAACCUGACUCAGAAAAAGCAAAAUUAACCAAAAAUACAAAUCCAGAAUCAGGUGCUAAUGAAAACGAUGAAAACGAUUCUAAAGAUCUCGGUAAAAAUACCGUAAAUCAUUCUGAUGUAUCUACCGAUACAUUAAAUUUGAUGAAUUGUGCGCACGGAAAUGAAAUUUCACCGCAUCAAAUUGUAUCUAAAGAAGUACAAGAUUUAAAGUCGCUUGAAUCUCUUGAUUCGUUAACACCAGAUGAAAUUCUUCAUUUAAUUACCGAGAAAGGUCAUCCUUUAUCAGAAUUACUAAUAGGUAAUAUGAUAGGAUUAACAUCGGAGCAAUCUAUGGCAAUCAAAACACAAAAUUUAGUGAGAGCCCAGGCAGAAGUGAAAAAUAAAAUAGUAACGAGGAAAAACGUGAAAGAAAUAAAAGGAAAGAAAAAUUUUGAGACUACUUCUGAUGAUUUAAUUGGAUCAAGAUGUUAUAAAUUCCGACGACGUAGGAAAUUAUCCCGAAAGAUGAUAAAUAAAUCGGAAACGAAAAAGCACAAUAAAAUACACAAUGAAAAGUUACAAAAAAGUUCUUUGCAGCCUUUAAACGUCUUGGGGAAAAGUUUGACGUCUCUUCAUACAUAUAAUCAUUCUCAAAAAAAUAAAGCAGAGGAAGAUAUUUCGUGUUUAAAUAAAUGUAGCAACGAUUUAAAAAGUACAACAAUGAAACAGAACAAUUUACAAAAGAAAAAAUCAAAUUCUUUACAGGAAUCGACAAAAAGUAUUAAGAAAAAUGUUGAAAAUAAGAAAGAAGCAAAAAUACGUUUACAAACUAUGAGAUCAAUUAAAUCUUCAAUUAAGAAACACAUAAACAAGAAACAAAGGAGGGAAAUUGCAAAUUUAUUGAUAGAUGCAAAAAUUGGUCCUAAAAUACGUGGUCCACGGAAUAGAAGAUUACGAUCUAUAAACAAUACGUACGCGAAACAAUCAUUUGAACGCUUUGGCACAGCAAUGUAUGCUUUAAACAAGCGUCAAAUUAGUUCAGAGCAAUCUUCUUUCAAAAAUAGAAAUAAACUUACAAACAUUAAUGGCUGUAAACGUAUUAAAAACAAGCAAACUGGAGAUAUUAAAAGAUCAGAAACGGUAAACUUGAAACAAACCAAAAUACAAAAGAAUCUCGCUGUUUCAAAGAAAAUAGAUAAAGAUCAUGCUAUAGAGGCAAUUUUUAAUAAUAAAAGUAGUAAUAACAACAAUAUUACUAGUACUGCUGUUACUGCUGCUGCUGCUAUUAAUAAUAAUAACAGUAAAAAUAAAAAUAAUGAAACGUAUAAAACUAUAACAGAUACAGACGUAACAAUGAUUAAAAAUCGAAAAAGAAAAUUGAACGAAAUAGUUUCCAUAGAUUCAAAAUGUAGUAAAUAUGAGGAGGUAUUGCAUAAUCAUUCUAAAAAAGAAAUUUCAAAACCCUGUAAAGCAGAUGCGAUUACUCAGUGUUCUCUCAUUAAAGAUCCACUAACAAAGAAUUUGAAAUCAAACAGUUUUAUUCAAAAUAACGUCCGUAAUGAGCAAUACACUUUCAUUAAAAUAGAGUACGGCGAACUUAAAGAUACGAAACCUGAUGUAUACGAAGUUAUUAAGUUAGACGAUAAGAAUAAAGAUCGUAACACACCUAAAUCCGGCAAAAAUUAUGCGUCGUGUAAAGAAACUGUAUGUAACAUACAAAAUUCUACGAAUACAGAUGUAACAUUAUUCGCUGAUGAUAUAUUAAAUACAAAAGAGCGAAACAGAUCUUCACCAGAAAGGAUAUCGGCAUUUGUACCUGUUAACAUUCCAGAUAAUGAUCUAAAAAUUGCUCGUUUAAGGUCAAUAGGAUUCAAACCAAUAACUUGUAACAAUAGCGAAGAAGAUGUUAAUAAUCUAAACAAAGGAAACUGUUCUGUGAUUUUAAAUAACAAAUUACUGAAACAAAAUGUUACUGAGAAAUACAAUAAAUACACAAGCGAAGAAAAUAACGUUGUUGUGUAUAUGGAUGAUAAUUUACAAUAUCAGGAUAUUGAAAAUGAAGAUAAAAAUGGUUUAUCUGUUAGAUGCAAAGCAUCAAGUUCGAAGAGUUAUAUAGUAAAGGAUGAACAAUUAAGUAGGAUGACUUUGAAAAAAGAAUCUUAUAACAAUUUGUUAUUAGAACAAGACUUAGAAUUACCAUGGCAUGGGUGGAAAAAAAUUGUAACAAAUAAAGAUACAUAUUGGAUUGGUUGGUAAAAUUAAUGUAACAGAUCUUGUGCAGAAUAAAUUCAUAAAUACAGACGUGCGCGUACGCGUACAUACCACGCAUACACUCUGCCAAAAUAAAGGCUGUUAAUAAAAUGCUAAAUUAUUUUUUCACUGAUAGAUGUAAUAUUUCAAUGCAUUAAUGCGACUAUAAAUACUGCUUUUAUAGGAUAAUGUUUGACUUUUUUUUUAAAUUGAAAUAAUUCAUAUUUCAAUCACUUUUGCUAAUCUUAUUGUGACAUUUAUUAAGUAGUUUACGAAUAAAAAUGUAAAACACAAAUUGUUAAUUAUACCAAAAUAGUGAUUUACUUUUAAAAUAACGAAUUUUAUUGUUACUUUAUGGAGCAGAAUAACAUACGUUCUCCAUAAAUAUAAUUUAUGUAUACACAAAUUAUUCUGUU